UUUAUUCAUUACAGUUGCACUUUGUUUAAUCCUACGUUUCUGAUUUCAGGAAUAUCUGCGAUUUUCUGAAAAACAAUUCAUUGUUUUUCUUCACUUUUGGUUCUUGGAGGAGGGGGAAAACUAGAGACCAUAUCAUUUGUUUUUCCCUGUUUGGUUCUAGUGAAAAAAAAUAAAAAUGGGAAGAGGCAGAAUGAUGGAAGCAAGUGAAAUUUAUGGAGCCUGAGAGAAAAAGUAGUCUUAAUUUGAAGAGCCUCAAUGGAUUCCAGGUUUCUGACAAACACUCAGAGCAGGAUUACUUAUUUUUCACCUUCAUCAAGCAAUCUAUCCUACUUUCAACAGCAAGCAUUGCAAGCUGGAAUGAAUGGUGUUUAUCUUACAAGGAGCGAGUAUGUGAGAGGUGGUGUUGGUACAAGGGAAAUGAUUCAGUGUGAGAUUGAGAAAGAGCAAAUUCGUGAGGAGAUAAUAGGAGCAGAGAUUGCACAGUUGUGCAUGUUGGAAGCCAAAUGCAGAAGAGAAAUACUAAUGAAUAGAGACUCUGCUCUACAAAUGUCACUAGAAUUUCUAACGACGAUGCAUGAUCAAUAUGAUGGAACUUCUAAUGAAAGGUUAACUUCUUUAGCUCCAUCUGCAGUUGGGGCCUUCAACAGUAUGCAUCAAUCUGAUGAAAGGUUGUCUCCUUUGGCUCCAUCUUCUGUUGGGGUCUUCAACAGGAUGCAUGAAUUUAGUGAAAAGUUGUCUCCUUUGGCUCCAUCUGCAGUUGGGGUCUUCAACAGGGUGCAUGAAUUUAGUGAAAAGUUGUCUCCCUUGGCUCCAUCUGCAGUUGGGGUUUUCAACAGGAUGCAUGAAUUUGAAUUUAGUGAAAAGUUGUCUCCCUUGGCUCCAUCUGCAGUUGGGGCCUUCAACAGGAUGCACGAAUUUAGUGAAAAGUUGUCUCCCUUGGCUCCAUCUGCAGUUGGGGUCUUCAACAGGAUGCAUCGAUUUGGUGAAAGAUUGUCUCCUUUGGCUCCAUCUGCAGUUGGGGUCUCCAACAGGAUGCAUCACUUUGGUGGGACGCGUGACAAUGAAAGGCUGUCUCCUUUGGCUCCAUCUGCAGUUGAAGUCUUUAAUAGAAUGUCCCUUGAGGGUGACUCAUCAUUUCAGAAGGAGCUGGAUGGUAACAAAGAGUCUACAAAUGUUAACUCUACUAUUUACGAGAAAAAGCGGACAGAAGGACAGGCAGCAGAAGGAGAUUGUGAGCAUCCUGUGGCUAGAGUACUCAAAAAAUCUGAGGGGAGUUGUGCUCUAUGUCAAGUUAGCACCACCAGUGAACAGAGUCUCAAUGAUCAUCUUCAAGGGAAGAAACAUAAGUCAAAGGCAUCUAAACUCAAGGCUAAAAAGACCAGCAUUGGAAGUUCGGUCUCAAACUCAGGGAAAGGGAAGAAGGAGAAGGCUGCCAAACAAGGGAAGUUGUUGCUACUGCAAUAGAGGCUAGUCUUGGACAGUGAAACACGGUGGAACCAUAGAACUUGUGCAGUGCGAUGUGGGAGCGAAAGGGGGACUCGAGGCUUUGGGACUGAAUAAUGAUGUAAUCAGUAAAUGACCCACUUUCUUCGAAGUAAAUAUUGUUAGUUCUUUGCCUAAUGGGUCUUCACGGCUUUAAAAGUAUCUACAUAGUUAAAACAAGCUCAAACAUAUAUAUCGUCAGGGUAUCAUUAUCACUCCUAUGCAAAUGUAAUAUUCUCGUUAUAUUUCAUGGGAUUAUAAGGUCAAAUACAUAAACAUAUAUCCCUUGUGGGGUUCAA